UCGUCUCGGCUUCGCAGCGAGGCCUGAGCACCGCGGGAGAGCCGCCGGGGCUCCCUCUGCACGCACUGCUCCACCACAGGUUAAAAAGUUCUGUCGUCUCAGGGAAGCAGUAGCCUGUUGUUAGUUUUUUGGAGCAGCAACUCAAACCAAUAAUGAGCAGAUGAUAACAGUUAAACGGCGUCUGGCAGACAACAUCACAGUGGCGAAGCUGCACAAGCAACAUUAAAGAGCAGGGAACUUUUGUAUUCCUGAGUCAGUGGGAAACAUGCCCAGUAGUAUCUCCACUGCCAAAGUGGCUGCAGUUUCUACAUAGAUCUCUCUAGAUCUUUAAACCAUGUCUGUUCACGCAACAGAGAAUGAUCCUCCUAGAUUCUUUGUGGGUGGAGAAGAUGGAGAAGGAUUACUGGAUUCAGGCAGAUCGUCAGAUUAUGAGCAGUUCUAUGACCAUGGGGAAGAAGAGGAGGAAGAGUAUGACUCUCCACCGGAAAGACAAAUCGCAGUUGGGAUAUGUUCAAUGGCUAAAAAGUCCAAGUCCAAACCAAUGAAAGAAAUUCUUGAACGCCUCUCCAUGUUUAAGUACAUAACUGUGAUAAUAUUUGAAGAAGAUGUUAUUUUGAAUGAGCCAGUAGAAAAGUGGCCUUUAUGCGACUGUCUCAUUUCUUUUCAUUCUAAAGGAUUUCCGCUGGACAAAGCAGUUGCCUAUGCAAAACUCAGGAAGCCAUUCAUAAUCAAUGACUUGAAUAUGCAGUAUCACAUACAAGACAGGAGAGAAGUUUACGGUAUUCUUAAAGCUGAAGGCAUUUUACUUCCUCGCUAUGCAGUUCUGAACCGUGAUCCAAACAAUCCCCAAGAAUGUAACUUGAUUGAGGGAGAAGAUCAUGUGGAAGUGAAUGGAGAGAUUUUCCAAAAGCCUUUUGUAGAAAAGCCCGUUAGUGCUGAGGACCACAAUGUUUACAUUUAUUAUCCAACGUCUGCUGGAGGUGGAAGCCAGAGGCUCUUUCGAAAGAUUGGCAGCAGAAGCAGUGUUUAUUCCCCUGAAAGCAGUGUGAGAAAAACAGGCUCCUAUAUUUAUGAGGAAUUCAUGCCUACAGAUGGCACUGAUGUGAAGGUGUACACAGUAGGUCCAGAUUAUGCUCAUGCUGAAGCCCGGAAGUCUCCAGCUCUGGAUGGCAAGGUAGAACGCGAUAGUGAAGGAAAAGAAGUGAGGUAUCCAGUCAUCCUGAAUGCAAGAGAGAAGUUAAUUGCUUGGAAAGUAUGCCUUGCCUUUAAACAAACAGUUUGUGGCUUUGAUUUGCUGCGUGCUAAUGGACAGUCCUACGUCUGCGAUGUGAAUGGCUUCAGUUUUGUGAAAAACUCUAUGAAAUACUAUGAUGAUUGUGCUAAGAUACUGGGAAAUAUCAUAAUGAGAGAACUUGCUCCCCAGUUUCAGAUACCAUGGUCAAUUCCUUUGGAAGCUGAAGACAUUCCUAUUGUGCCAACCACCUCUGGAACAAUGAUGGAGCUUAGAUGUGUUAUAGCUGUAAUACGCCAUGGGGACCGAACACCAAAACAAAAAAUGAAAAUGGAAGUGAAACAUCAAAGGUUUUUUGAUCUUUUUGAAAAAUGUGAUGGAUAUAAAUCUGGAAAACUAAAACUGAAAAAACCAAAACAGUUGCAGGCAAUGCUUGAUAUAGCAAGACAACUCCUUGUAGAACUUGGACAGAACAAUGAUUCUGAAAUUGAAGAAAGUAAAGCAAAACUUGAACAGCUAAAGACUGUGUUAGAAAUGUAUGGGCAUUUUUCAGGAAUAAAUCGCAAAGUUCAGUUGACAUAUCUUCCUCAUGGCUGCCCAAAGACUUCCAGUGAAGAAGAAGAUAAUAGAAGAAAUGAGCCAUCCCUGCUUCUGGUUUUAAAAUGGGGAGGAGAAUUGACCCCUGCAGGCAGGGUUCAAGCAGAGGAGCUUGGAAGGGCUUUCAGGUGUAUGUAUCCUGGUGGACAAGGAGAUUAUGCUGGAUUUCCUGGAUGUGGUUUACUUAGAUUACAUAGCACUUACCGACAUGAUCUCAAGAUCUACGCUUCUGAUGAGGGACGAGUCCAGAUGACUGCAGCAGCUUUUGCAAAGGGACUGCUGGCCCUAGAGGGAGAGCUGACUCCUAUUCUUGUCCAGAUGGUAAAAAGUGCUAAUAUGAAUGGUCUGCUGGACAGUGACAGUGAUUCUUUAAGCAGCUGUCAGCAUCGUGUUAAAGCAAGACUCCAUGAAAUUCUCCAGAGAGACAGAGAAUUUACUGCUGAUGACUAUGAUAAGCUUACUCCAUCUGGAAGCAUCUCACUGAUUAAAUCGAUGCAGCUUAUUAAAAAUCCUGUAAAGACAUGUGACACGGUCUAUUCCUUGAUCCAGAGUCUGACUUCUCAAAUCAGGCAAAGAAUGGAAGAUCCAAAGUCUGCAGAUAUUCAGCUGUACCACAGUGAGACACUAGAACUAAUGCUGCGCAGGUGGUCCAAGCUCGAAAAAGACUUUAAAACAAAAAAUGGAAGAUAUGAUAUUAGCAAAAUUCCUGAUAUUUAUGACUGUAUAAAAUAUGAUGUGCAGCACAAUGGCUCAUUGAAAUUAGAAAACACAAUGGAAUUAUACAGGCUUUCAAAGGCUUUGGCUGACAUCGUGAUCCCUCAGGAAUACGGCAUUUCUAAGGCUGAGAAACUAGAGAUUGCCAAAGGUUACUGCACUCCUCUAGUCAGAAAAAUCCGUUCUGACCUUCAGAGAACUCAAGAUGAUGAUACUGUAAAUAAGCUUCACCCUCUUUAUUCCAGGGGUGUUAUGUCCCCUGAACGCCAUGUUCGUACACGGCUGUAUUUCACCAGCGAGAGUCAUGUCCACUCCCUGUUAUCCACCCUUCGUUACGGUGCCUUAUGUGAUGAAUCAAAAGAUGAACAGUGGAAACGAGCUAUGGAUUAUUUAAAUGUUGUCAAUGAACUCAAUUACAUGACACAGAUUGUUAUCAUGCUUUAUGAAGAUCCAAACAAGGAACUAUCUUCGGAAGAACGUUUUCAUGUAGAGCUGCACUUCAGUCCAGGAGCCAAAGGCUGUGAGGAAGAUAAAAAUUUACCAGCUGGAUAUGGAUACAGACCUGCCUCCAGAGAGAAUGAAGGCUUGAAGAAAACCUCUCAUAAAAACGAUAGCGAUGAGGAGGUACAUGCUCCUAAAAGAGAUGAAGUAGAUCGGUCAGUCAUGAUGUUCAAGCCAAUGGUAUCAGACCCCAUUCACAUACACAGAAAGUCACCCCUUCCAAGAUCCAGGAAGAUUGGUUCUGUUGAAGAAGAGAGCCCCCUGAGUGUGUCUAGCCCAGAGUGUAUUGGUACCUGGCUGCAUUACACCAGUGGUGUGGGUACUGGGCGUCGAAGACGCAGAUCAGGGGAACAAAUCACUUCUUCCCCUGUCUCCCCUAAAUCAUUGGCUUUCACAUCCAGUAUUUUUGGCUCAUGGCAACAGGUCUUAUCAGAAAGCAGUAGUAACUUGCGAACACCAAGAACUAUUCUGGAACAAAAGCGAGAGAGCGGUCUAGGGUCUCACUGUGCGGGCCUGUUUAGCACCUCAGUGCUCGGGGGUUCUUCAAGUGCACCUAACCUACAGGAUUAUGCUCGUACUCAUCGUAAAAAGCUGACUUCUUCUGGCUUCAUAGAUGACACCACACGCGGUUCUGCUGUUAAAAGGUUUUCUAUCUCAUUUGCUCGACACCCAACCAAUGAGCACCCACACCUCUUUAGGUGCUGGUCCAUUUCCUCUGUGGAAUUUCUAGGCUCCAGUGGCUUUGAAUUGUAUUCCAUGGUGCCUUCUAUUUGCCCUUUGGAAACCCUACACAACUCCUUGUCUCUGAAGCAGGUGGAUGAAUUUCUUGCCUCUGUUGCUGCUCCAUCAAGGGAAAAUCUACAGGAGACAUCUUCUCCAACUUACAUGAUUCCAGUUUCAGGAAGAAAAAUUCCUUUAAAUACAUACACCCCUGCAAAAAUUCAACCAACACCACUUGAAACUUUGCCUGAAAGGCAAGCGGUAGAGAAACUGACCUUAUCUUCCUCUGGAUCUUCUGUUCAUGUACCUAAUGUUAGGCUAACUCUUGAAGAGACCUCGCUAGAUCUGGAACUUAGUUGUGAAACUCUUUUUGAGAAGAAAUGAUGUUGAUAAGACAAAACUGGAACCAUCUUUUUAAACAAUUUAGUGUGAGUUCAACUAAAUUACUGAGAUUUAAAAAGCUAGUCAUGUCUGUAGUUCAAAGUGCACCUAAGAAGCUAUACAUGGUUAACUAGUGUGCACACUACAUAUUUAGGUCAAAUGUCUUUUCUCAUUUUUCAAAACAUUUCAAGAAUGUUUAUUUAUCAGUUUGAACUUCACACCUUUACUGGAAAUGCUGCACAUGAACAUUCUCAGUGUCUUCAAAUAUUUACUGUAAACCUGUACAAUACCAAUGCAGUGGUAUGUGUUACAGUGGCUCUGUUGAUGUCACUGUAAUAAAGGCAUUGCCUGUUGUCAUUAUAAACUUCUAUUUUCAGGAGUUUAUAAUCUCCCUGUUGAGUUUCUUUUGCGGACUGAAAUGUAACACACAUCUUUGCUAGAAGCUUUUUUUUAUUUGUGUUUCCAAAGAGAUCUGUUUUGUCUGGUUUUGAAGUCAAGCAGAUGUUUUCUGCAUUUUACUUAUUUUAUAUCAUAUAUGCUGCAAUAAUUAGGCAUGAUCGAGUGCGUUAAUGUGUUGUCACUUUCCACUCUCCUUAUUUUUAUUCUAUGUUUACAUCAGACCUGUAACGUUCAAAUAUACUUUCUCUUUUCUUGUUUAGUAUACAUGCUUGUAUACGGGUACCUGUAUAUCAUCCAGCAGAUAAAACUGUCUUUUAUAUGUUUUUAUCAUGUCCUUCUGUUGUUUACUAAAAAAGACAGUUUUAUCUGCUUUGCCAUGUCUUUCUGCAAAAUACUGAUUAAAAAGCAGGUUUUGUAAAAAGAGAAAUGGUUACAGCUGGUCUUCUAGUAAGUUUAUAAUGAAAAAUAGUAAAUCUUCCAUCUAUGCUCUGUUACCAUCCCUUCAGAGUAGAGAGAGACUAUGGUGUAACAGACCUCAGUACUUACUGUUGCAAAAUACUCAGGAUUCCUCAUGGCCUGGGGAUUUUCAUACUUCUGCCUUGCAAUCUAGGUGGUUAACAACAGCUCCCAUUUAAAAAAAAAAAUGUAAGAGCUAUGAGAAGCAGGAGUAAGUCAGCGGAACUUUGAGUUAUUGGGUUAUGUAAUCAUCCAGUCUGAGCAGAUCUUGUUGUUAUCCGUGGCAUGAAAAAAUACUGAAUUAUUAUAAUUAUCCCAAAUGUAUGAAAAUAUUGUCCACUUUUGUAAGUUCAAGUGGCUGGUUAUUAGUAAUGGACGUAAUAAACUGCAAGUUAUAUAAUUCCUUUCACAUGUAAGUUGCACAAGUUGUAGCUUCUGAGUAAUAUUUUUAAAUAGGGCUCUUCCUCAUUUCCAGAGCCAGUGCAAUUCUUAAUUACACUUACUUUGCCACAGGGCCUGUUUUUUCAGUGUUUACCACAUGUGAAAUGGGUUCAGCAGACUAAUUCUAAGAAUGCUGGUUAAAUACCAAAAAUAUGAAGGGUUUCACAGCUAUAUACUUAAAACAUUUCAUUUUCUGUAAUGUAAUUGUGUUAUUGACAGUGUUGGUCUUACACACAACUGAAUGUACACUUGUUUACCAUUUUUAAGAAAAUACUGUAAAAAUUUAAGUAUGCGUAUCAUUCCAGUCAACCAAAGCUGUGGCAUAACUUUUUUUUUAUGUGCUCCUAAAUAAAACCAAGAUCACUGGCAA